CUGCUCAUGUAUGUUAGAGAAAAAGAAAGGACAACGAUAUCUGUACGAUGAAGCUUUUUAUGCAUAAAAUUGUAUACCACAUAAAUCAUUUCGAUUUUACGAAGUGUUUAAAAGAUAAGAAGCAAUUUUCAUCUUUUAUCCUGUGAUUCGAAAAAUAAUUGGCUGCACCUAAGAAGAAAAGAGGCCUAAGGGACUCACGCGGAUUCUUCUCGACACUUUCAUACGUAGGUAUGCAUAAGGUUUGAGACGAGCUUGACUCCGUCUUACUUUUACCUGUGUGCGCGUGUGUGAGUGUCGCAGAUCAUGGUAUGUUUAUUAUAGAAAAAUGAAAGAAACGCAGGAUUCUCAUGAGCUGCUGCUUGAUAGGGGCCUUAAUUAUAUAUGCCCCUUAUAUUAUACCUAUACAUGCGAAUAGAAGCGCGCACAGAUCUGUUUUACCCCGGCGGCGGCGCGCGUGUGUACUUGUGUUGGUGCGCCUUAAUGCUUGUAUUAGUGAGUAGGAGUAGUAGUACAGUACAGUGAACACUGUACACACUGGAGUUGCAAAGAGCAGUAAAAAGACGGUCGCCAAAAGUUGCUCCAACGUCGUUUGCACUUUGUAAUCAAGGGUGUUGUCGCGUGCGGGUGCGUGUGUGACUAUUGUUGUCGUCCGAUGUCCACGUCUACCUCUACUGGGCUAUCUACAUUGUGAAUGACAUGUACCAUAGAGCUCAACUAUUCCUUGCGCUCAACGACAAGCUGCAGUUGAUUCGUCUCGCAUCGUGUCGAGAAAUAGUGUAGACAAUCGCUCGCGGCUGUACCUUCCUAGGGCCACAAAAUAACCAAAUCAUUGGAUCUCGCAUUGAUUGUACGUCGCACAAGUUUUUAGUUUGACACUUAGACUUUGACGUGCCUGUGUAUGUCAUUGUUGCCAAAAUACUUGAUGCUCCAUUUUUAUGCUGAGCAAUUUUAACAGCUUCGAAAGCUCUAUACAAAAAUAACAAGCACUUAAACUGGAACAUUGACAUGUUGAGGUUGGUUUGAUUUGUUUACUUUACUAUGCCAGUAGUUUAUUUCGAAGUCAUUUGACAAAAUUUGAUAUUUAAGUCUAAUUUACGACGAUGCAAUGCAUAGAAGAAAAUACUAAUUAGAAUUGCUAGCAUUGUUCAUUAAUUACUUUGAGAAAAUUACUUUGUGAAGAUGCCUCAAAAUGAUCCAAUAAGAAUUGAAUCAUUUUUUUAUCACACAAUGAACUUACUUGGACACACCAAAAGUUAUGUCAAAUAAAUAUAAUCCUUAUUGUUCUAAUAACUUUGAAAAUGUCACCGUAGAGCCAUCCGCCAAAGAAAAGGCUCCAGACUCAACUGUGCAGAAUACAGAAAUUGUCGAGCAACUUCAAGAAAUCAUGUCUGAUCACUUGGCCAGCAAUAAUGAAUGUUCUCAAGACUCUAGCAGUGAAGUUAAUGAAAAAGAAAAAAAAAGCAAGACUGAAAAUACCAAUUCACGAAUUGAAGAGAUUAAAGCUGAAGGUUCACCAAACGACAUGGAUCUAGAUGAAACUAUUGAUUCACAAAUCAGAUUAAGAAUGGAAGCUCCAAGAGAUCAAAUGCACCCCCUUGAAUUAAGAGGUACUGGAGAAAAUGAAGAAGAUGACAUUGAGAUAAACCCUGUAAAUAUUUUGGACUCAUUACCAUUAGAAGGUGCACCUAUAGAAGGGCAAGAAGUGUCUGAAGCAGAUCUUCUUGGUAAAAUAGAUGGCGAUGAUGAUGAAGAAGAUGAAAAGUCAAUGGUUGAUGUGGAUGAAGAAAAUAUACUUGAAGUAGGAAAACAUCAUGUGGAGCAUGAAGAAAACAAAACUAAAGGAAGAAAGAAACAAAAAAAAGAAAAAGAUGAUAAUAACGAAAACAACGAUUUAGAAUCAAAAGCUGAUAAAAAACAAGCCAAUAUGAGGAAAAAUAUUCGUGAAGUGAUGGAUGAAACUCAACUUGAUGAAUCUACCUUGGCUGCUCAACGUCAAGAAAUGGAACGUUUGCGGCGUGUUCAAGAACAACAAAGGAUUAUAAGAGAGGUAAGAUUACCAAGCUCAGUACAGUUGAAAAUCAAUCCUCCAAGUGGACAAGCAGUUUCAAUUUCUCAAAGUGGAACUUCUCAGCACCAUAAAAGUAGUAAACAAGGCUCAAAAACCUCACGUUCCCCAACUUGUUCUUCUGCAAAUCAACUUCAGCAACGCAUUCGCAUGAUGACACCAUCUGUCAGUAUAUUACCAGUAGUUUCAAAAAAAGAUGAUAUUGAAGAAGAAGUAGAACAUUUAGAAUAUUAUACUGAUUCUGAACUAUCGGAUGGUGCUGAAGCAGAUGAAGUUAUUUCACGAGAAAUCAAAACUUCACAAUCUGAUGUUCCUCUUGACACCGGAGCAUCUAAAGUGCCUGGGAAACAAAAAGGCAAAGAUGUUGUUACAAUAUCUAGUUCAAGCGAAAACAGUGAUGAUGACUGCAUUGUACUUAGCGAUGAAGAAGAAGAAGAAGUUGAUGAUGAAGAUCCUUCCAAUUCGGGCAUGCAUACUAAUGAUCGUUACAAUGUACCUGAUGAACAAGGCAGAGUUUUAGUUAAUGUAGGUCAUCCUGAAAACGAACCAGAUGUAUUUUUGGCACCACAAGUAGCAAAAAUUAUUAAACCUCAUCAAAUUGGUGGAAUACGUUUUUUGUACGAUAAUAUUGUUGAAAGUAUUGAUAGAUUCAAGUCAAGCUCAGGUUUUGGAUGUAUAUUGGCUCAUAGUAUGGGUUUAGGAAAAACAUUACAAGUUGCAACAUUUUGUGAUAUAUUUUUCCGUUGCACUGAUGCUAAGACUGUACUUUGUAUAAUGCCUAUCAACACGUUACAAAAUUGGUUGGCUGAAUUUAACAUGUGGUUGCCAUAUGAAGAUCCUAAUGCUCCAAAGGCCGAUAAAAAAGAGGUUGUCAAAGAAGAAAAUCAAGAAAAUGAAAAAUCUGAUCAAUCUCAAAGCACUAUGAAUUCAAAUUUACAUCAGCAACUACCUCCAGAAAGUAAACCAAUUGGAAGUAAUUCUUAUGGAUCUCAACCUGGUUUUAAUCCAGGCAUAGCACCGCCUUAUGGCGCACCCAUCUAUGAUUCACGAUUUGGGACUAACUAUACUGGUGCAAUGCCAUCAUAUAAUCCGAUAAAACAUGAAUAUAAUUCUCAUUAUUCAGAAGCAUAUAAUAUACCCCCUUAUAGUCAUUAUCCACCAUCUAAUGUACAUCCACCAACCAAUUAUGUAGGCAUGGAUUCAAGUGCUCCUCAUAAUAUGAAUUCUACUUAUUCCAAUUACGGAACGAAUUCGGGCAUAACACAACCAAACUAUAAUAAUGAACAAUCUAAAGAAAUACCUUUGCCAGCUCAGGAUAGUGGAAAAUAUAACAUGCCAAUAUCUGCAGGACAAAAAACUGAAUUUUCUCAAAAUGAUAAAAGUCAAUUGGAAUCAAAAGAGUUGGAUGACAAAUCUGAUGAAUCCGCUAAAGAAAAAACUGCGAGUGAAUCUAAAAAUGGAGAAAAAGUUAAAACGCAAUUCAGUGUUGAUGUACCUGAAGGAUUGGAAGUACGUCCUCGUCAUUUCCAUUUGCAUAUACUUAACGACUCUCACAAAACGAUGGCAGCAAGAGCUCGUGUUAUUCGAGAAUGGCAAAAAAUUGGCGGUGUACUCCUCAUAGGAUACGAGCUUUAUCGUCAACUUUCUUUAAAAAAAGCUAACAAAGCAAAACGCAAACGCGGGCAACCCAUCAGAGAUCCAUCACUUGACGCGGAAGAGGAUGACAAAAAUAAACCAUUGCUUGAUGAAAUGCAUUCAGCUUUGGUAAGCCCUGGCCCUGACUUGGUUAUUUGUGAUGAAGGACACAGAAUUAAAAACUCACACGCUAGUAUUAGUUUGGCUCUUAAACAAAUGCGUACAAAGCGACGUAUUGUGUUAACUGGUUAUCCUCUUCAAAAUAAUUUACUAGAGUACUGGUGCAUGGUGGACUUUGUGAGGCCAAAUUAUUUAGGCUCUAAGAGUGAAUUUUGCAACAUGUUUGAACGUCCCAUUCAAAAUGGACAGUGCAUCGAUUCAACUCCUCAAGAUAUAAGACUGAUGCGUUAUCGCGCCCACGUUCUUCAUGAUCUUCUGGCUGGUUUUGUUCAACGACGCUCACAUACUGUGUUACAACAGUCCUUACCGCGUAAGGAAGAAUACAUUCUUUUAGUGAGAAUGACUCCACAUCAACGUAAACUUUAUGACACUUUCAUGAAUCAAGUGGUGAAAACUCGAGCUGUACCAAAUCCGCUGAAAGCUUUUGCUGUCUGUUGCAAAAUUUGGAAUCAUCCAGAUGUACUUUAUCACUUUUUAAAGAAAAGACAAGAAAAAGAAGAAGACGAUCUUGAUCUUGAAGAAACAAUUAGUGAUAAAACUUCAACAGUCGGUGUUAAGCGAGCGGCUAAACCAAGGGCUCCCAAAGGUGAAGGUAAAAGAGGAAGGAAAGCAAAACCUAAGCCAGCUGCUAGUGUUUUACCUUCAUCAAUUAAUGAAAAUUCGAAAUCUCCUGAUAAACCAAAAUCUUUUCAAAAUAUGGGCCCACCCUCACAAGCAGAAACCAGUAAUUCUACUGGUUUUAAUGCUCAAACAAGUUAUCAGCAGCAGCAACAACCUCAAUCUACAUAUCAAAAUUAUCAAAACAAUGAAUAUAAUUACUACAAUAAUCAAAAUCAGCAACAGCAAAAGUACCCUAUGCCUGGGAGCAAUCAGGCUUACCCACAAAAUGCAAAUUACUCUCAGAAUGAUCAGAGUCAACAACAUACACAAGAGCCAUAUUCUAAUCAAGAACCUUACUCUGAACAGCAACAGCAACAACAAAAACAACCGCAACAGUAUACUGGUCAACAAAUUCAGCAACAGUAUCAACCACUUCAGCAAUCUCAGCAACAGUACUCUGGUCAACAAAGCCAGCCACACCAGCAACAGCAACAGUAUUCUGGUCAACAUAGCCAGUCAAACCAGCAUCAGCAGCAAUACACUGAACCGCAGCAGCAGUAUUCAACACAACCGCCUCAAACACCGUAUUCAGGUCACCAAUCUCAACAACAACAACAAUAUUCAAAUCAGUAUGGACUCUCGACUACGGGUCCUGACCCGUCUGCCAAACCAAUUGCUGGAGCUUCAAGUACAAUAUCUGGGACAAACUACUCAUAUUCAGAUGGUCAAAUGCCUGUUCAGCAAACGUCUUAUCCACAAAAUCAAUUGAAUUACAACACUUAUUCGCAGACCAAUCAACAAAAUACAAACUACAGUAAUACCGGGACAGAUUCAAACCAAAGUGGAAUUAAUAAUUAUUCAAAUAAUUCUCAAAAUGCGUCGAGUACACAAAAUGCAGGAUAUCCUAAUAAUCAACCCUCAUCUAUUAAUUCUUCUAACUAUCAACAGACAAUGCCAAAUAAUAAUAUACAACCUCAUUCAUCAUAUUCAGCACAGAAUAAUUCAAGUGUUUCCGGAGUACAAAACCAAGGCUACUGCCCAGAAAAUCAAUCUAAUGCACCUCCUGCUACCUCAUCUUCAGCAAUCGGAUAUACAAAUCAUCAGCAACAGCAUAUACCUGCUCAACACUCUUAUCAAAAUCAGUAUGAUAGUAUUUCACGAAAUUCAGUGCAAAAUUAUGGAUCUCAAACUUCGGGCAACCAGCCGCAAAUAUCAAGUUAUACUAACAACCAAUCUCAAUCUCAAGUACCUCAUCAGCAACAACAGCAACAAACACCGCAAACCUCUUAUCAACAACCUCCCCAAGUAACGCCUCAAAAUCAGCAGCAGCAACCAACGUAUCAACAACAAGUUUAUAGUACCCAAAAUUCUAUAUAUUCUCAUACACAGCCACAAACAUACCCUACAUCUCAAGGAGGCCCCAGUUAUCAACAAAAUCAACCACCAGACUCUACGCAAAAUCAGCAAAUAAACUAUUCUCAAGGUUCUCAUGUAAAAACUGAAACUCAGCAACAAGACACUUAUCCUUCGCAAAAUUAUUUACCACAAAAUACUCAGUUACCAUCAAACAACCAAGCUCAAUUUGACUCACAGUCACAGCAACAGCCUCCUCCACCAGAACAACAAUCCUCUACACCUGGCCAAAAUCAAUAUUGGCAACAAAAUUAUCAAAACACUAAUCAAUCUUAUUAUCAAAAUCAAAACAGUCAAAAUAAUUAUCAGAAUAAUGCUGUUGGGACAAGUAACUACCCAAUGAACCAACAAUUAUCAACCACUUCAAGUCAAGUUAGUCAAUCAAAUCAGUACCAAAAUUACAGUGAUAAUUCGACGAUUGACACAAAACCUGCCCAACUCAAUCAAUCUAUCCCAAGUACUGCUCCAUCUAAUGGAGUUAACUCUACUCAAAUGACUACGAAUUCUGGUUCGCUUCAACAACAACCGAAUUUGAAACCUUCCAUUGAUUCUCAGUCAAGUGCCGAACAAGUAUUAACCGAGACUUCUAAUAAAGAUGAAAAAACAACAGCAGACUUGAAGGAUAAAGAUAUGAAAAAUACUGAUAAAGAGAAAGCAGAUGAAGAUGACGAGACCGCGUCAAGAGAUGAAGAAAAGGAAAAGAUCGGUAGCAGUUUAAUGAACAGUUUGAAAGAUGGAGAUCCUGGGAUACCAUAUGACUGGGCUUAUGAGUUGAUGAAAAAUUAUGUUCCAGGCUUAAUUGAAGCCUCGGCCAAAAUGAAAAUUUUCUUCGUAAUUCUUGAAGAAGCUAUACGAUUAGGAGAUCGCGUAUUGACUUUUUCACAAUCUCUUUUUACAUUGAAUCUUAUUGAAGAUUUUUUGGCUAACAACGAUUUUGAAAAUGUCGAAGGACAGAAAGAAUCUUGGGCUAGGAAUGUUAAUUACUUUCGUUUGGAUGGCUCGACUAGUGCACUUGAACGUGAAAAACUCAUCAACGAGUUUAAUGCCAAUAAAAAAGUUCAUCUAUUUCUCGUUUCAACCCGUGCUGGAUCUUUAGGUAUUAAUCUCGUUGGAGCCAAUAGAGCAAUUGUAUUUGAUGCUUCAUGGAAUCCUUGUCACGAUACUCAAGCAGUUUGCCGAGUGUACCGUUAUGGUCAACAAAAAAGUUGUUUUGUAUACAGACUAGUAACAGAUAAUUGUUUAGAGAGGAAAAUCUACGACCGUCAAAUAAGCAAACAAGGAAUGUCCGAUCGUGUUGUUGACCAAUGUAAUCCUGACGCUCAUUUGUCACUCAAAGAAGCUACCACUCUUUCUUGGGAAUGGGAAGAAGAUAGCGAAGUGCAAGAUUUCUCCGAUUUGAAAGAUAAAUAUCAUGACAGUGUGGUAGGUCUGAUAUUAGAAAAAUUUUCGGCUCUACUAACAAAGGAGCCGUUUAAUCAUGAGAGUCUUUUAAUCGAUCGCAAAGAUAAAAAACUGAGUCAAGCGGAAAAGAGGCUGGCUAGAAGAGGCUACGAACUUGAAAAGAUGGCUGCGAAUACUGCUAAACCAAGUUACAAUUAUAUACCUGGAAAUACAGCCCCCAGAGUGACUGUGCCAGCUAGCAGUUUACAAAUUCGCCAGAUUCGUGACGCUGCCAACCCUAUUGGCAAACCCGUAGCUUCUGUUAGACCAAUGCAGCAACGUGGAUCUGAUGGUUUGAGUACGCGAAAUUCCAGUGGUAGCAAAUGGAUACCUGCUGAAGUUUGGCAGAGACAGGGUAUGAGUGCGCAAGAAAUGACUCUACCAUUAGAUGUCGUCAUACCUACGAAUUCUCCGGACAAAGGCAGCAUAGUUCUCAAAGCAGGCCAAAGAGUUAUGGUUCUAAAAAGUCCUAAAGGCAUUUACAUGCAAUUAGAAUCUGGUAAAAUCAUAGCUAUAAGAACUGCUUUGAAAAUGAACCAACAAAAGAAAGACGAUGAACCAGUGGGAGCUAAAAAAGGUGUUGUCACUGAGGGGAACAGAAAUACUAGUAACAAAGAAGAAAUUGGAUUUCCUCUGCGCAACAAUUCAGCAAUAUCUAUUAUUCCGAAAAAUACAAGUAAUAACCAACCACAACAAGCACCGACACGACCACUUCUUAUGAGAACUGGAGUGAAUUACCGUCCUUACGGAGAAAAAGAAGUAUAUAAAAGAACGAAAGCUACAACAGCUGCGAAAUCUUACGUCAAUCCAGUCCAAACAAAUCAAAUAAGCUUGUCAAGAAUUAAUAAACCAAAACAUCUGGAUAACGUAAGCGAAACUGGUUCAAUUGGCGAAAAUUCGAACUCUUGCGAUAGCCAAAAAAUGCGUCCAAGAGUAGAAGAAAUUCAUUUAGAUGACAUGCACGAUACCGGUUCUAAUUCCAUGGAUUACAGUCCAUCAAGUAGUCGCCGUAGCAAUUCUGACACAGAUUCAAAUAUUCAAAGGCCCAUCAUGGAAGGUAGACCAAUGAUGCAAGGAAGACCGGUAGCCAAUUUCAAUUUGGGCAGACCGCCAUCGGCUAUGAGACAUGUUCAAGAUAUGGAACAAAAAAAGUUUGAUCCCUAUCAUCGACCUUUGUCUCAAUCUCACCCAAGAAAUAAGCACACAAACAGUAAAGAUGAUAUUCACAUGGAUGAUUCUUCUCGACACCUUCUUCCUCGUCAAUCGUCUCUACAUCAAACUAAUCCACAGCACCAAUCGCAUCUAACGCCAUCCCAACGUAAUCUUCCGCGACAGAUGAUUCAAAGAGGUACCGGCAACUCACCGAGAGUCACUUCUGAUGUUCGUAUAGUAAAGCCUCACGAGAAUGUCAAUAGUUCUAUUUCUCAAACGAGCUUGACAUCUCCGUCAGCCACAACAACAAUGCCUGUAAGGGCCAAAGCUGCAGAAUCUGAUAUGGCUUUGCCAACACCUCCACAAACUCCUGCGCAUCCUGCUUACCCUUAUGCUCCUUAUCCGAGGUAUUUUGAUUAUGGUGCUAGACCUCCAAUUAAUGAUCCUUACGGCUAUUCAGCUUACUCGGCACCGGCUAGUAAACCCGUUGACGAGGUAGCAAAUCCCGGCGCUGAACCACCAAAUUAUCCCAGAGUCAGCAGUGCACUACCUCAAAAAAAAGUGACAAGUAACAAAAGUAACACUGCAACUGGAGUCGACAAUAAAUCACUUUCUAAGUCAAAAACUGCUGCCAAGGAAGAGCAGCCAACUCCGACCGCUUUUAGUCAUCCUUCUAGUGUGAGAAGUGCUUAUCCUCCAGCACCAUAUGCACCGCCGUCGUACGAUCCGUACUCGCAGCAUUAUUCAUCGGCACCUGCACCUGGAAGCUCAACAUCUUAUCCACCACCUGCUCCAGUCGGCUAUCCUGGAUACGGUAGUCCAGCGUAUAACGUAUAUUCAGCCUUUUCACCUCCACCAGCGCCUGAUCCGUAUCGAGGUUACGCGCCUCCUCCACCAGCUUCAGCACCAGGACAUCCAACGAAUUACUAUUCACCCUUUCCAGCUUCACCUGUUUAUCCAAAUUAUUCGUUUUUGCCAGCUUAUUCAAAUCCUGGUGUGCCUACUGAGCCUCAACCACCGGCUCAAUAAUUCAGUCUUCGUCUUCUAGUAAAACUUGAAGAUAUGUUUUGUUUGUGAUAAUUGGAACUGUCGAAAUCAGUGAAAGUAUUUCAAACAUAGCAGUGAAUAAUUCCAUGCACUGUAACUAAUUCAGUUUCAUAAAGAGGCAUUUUAGUGUAGUUUCUUAGGCCCAAGUGCGUUCCUGAAUCGUUUAAUAAUAGUUAUUUGUAUUGAUUAUAGACAACCAAGUGCAAUCAUUGUGUGUGAAUGUUUUAUCGUAAAACGGAAGACCGAGUCAUACUAGAUACAUGACCAUAAUACUCCUAAUUCUGAUUAUACUCAUUCUUUUUGUUAUGAUUAUUUUCCAAAAAAGCUAUAUUUUGAAAACUAGCUUUAUAGCAAUUUAUUAAAAACUUUUAUAAGCGAUCGUUAAUUCAGGCUAUAAAGCUACAUUUAUACUACUAUUUAUAAAAUUUUUGGAAGUAUAAAUAUCUCCAUUGAAGUUUUCUAUUGUAUAUUAUAGGGAUAAUUUAGAAAACAAUUUUUUACGAUUUUUUUCAAUCAGAGUUUUAGUAACGUGUUAUUGACUAUUCAAUGUAACUUUGAAUCAGCAAAUAUGUAAAGUAUAGAUUAUCGAAUAAUAUCGAUAGACACAUAUUGAAAUAUAUAACUUUUUAGAAUUUUUUGUUGUAACUUAUUCGAAAGUUACUUGUGAAUGAUCUGACCGUGUUCAAAUUAUUAUCAUAAAAUAGCUUAUUCAACUAUAAUGUUAUGGACAUUUUUUGAUACAUAGUGCAAGAUAUUAUGUUGCUCAUUAAAAGCCGUUAUGUGAUUUUUAUCACGUACGUUAAAACAGUAUUCUUUUAAAACAUAAAUUUCUUAGCCUGCCAGUAACAAAAAUCGUGUAUUAUGUUACAAGUUUUAAAAAAAUUUGAUAAUUAUACACAUACGUGACAUAUGUAUGUUAUCAAAAAGAAAAAAAAGGAAAAACC